AUGAAAAGAAGAGAAACGCCCGCAAUGUUUCUAAUUAUUGUACUAUGUCUCUAUGUCGUCGGACGAGUUCAAGGUGUAUCACGUCCACUGGUUAUUGGUCAUCGGGGUGCAGCCUACUUACCUGAACUUACAUUAGCCGCACAAUCUAUGGGCUACGCUUUUGGUGCAGAUAUAAUCGAGAUUGAUGUUUGUCUUACUCGAGAUAAUCAGUUGAUUGUUAUUCACGAUAUCUAUUUAGAUGGAGUGAGUAAUGUAGCUGAAAUGUUUCCAAAUCGAAAUCGCUCAAAUGGUUACAGUUAUGUUAUUGAUUUUGAUUUAGAAGAAUUACGCCGGUUAACUAUUCGUGAACGUUUUAGGCCAUUCAAUGGUACACAAAUUUUUCCUUUGCGAUUUCCUUCUAAUAGUGUGAUCGCUUUUCAACUUGCAACACUCAACGAAACAAUUGAAUUAUUACUCGGCUUCAAUCGUGCUACCGGUCAACAACGUCAGCUACUUAUUGAAAUAAAAAAACCUGAAUAUCAUUCAAAAUACAAUAAAUCUAUUUCGUCGAUUGUACUUGAAACACUGAAUGCCUAUAAUCUGAAAGAACCAAGUGAUCCUAUUAUUCUACAAACAUUUCAUAUAGAAGAAUUGAUACAUAUACGUCGAAAUCUCGGUAGUAAACUACGGUUAUUUGCCCUAAUGACAUGGAAUCGAAUAAACGAAUCGUCGAGUGAUUAUGAUUUUUAUAGAAGUGAAGAAGGCAUAAGAAAUCUAUCGAAUGUUAUUCAAGCGAUUACACCUAAUCUUGAAUUUGUUGUUAAUUAUGAUUCAAAUGGUACAAUCUUAGGUAAUACUAAUUUAACAAAAUGGGCACAUCAAAAUGGUCUCGCCGUUUAUCCAUUUACAUUUCGACGAGAUUCAUUUCCGGGUAGAAGCUUUGAGCAAUUGAUUCAAUAUUUUUUACAUACAGCACGAGUAGACGGCUUUAUAACUGAUCAUCCAGAUGUCGUUCUGGAGUAUUUGCGAAGAGAAAUGGCAGCGAAAGAUGCUAUUUUCAUAGAACAAAAUUCAUCUUCAAGCUUAGUUUCAUCGAUGUUAAUACUUCUUUGCAACAUGAUAAUAAUAUCAAAAAUAAUUGUUUAG